CCUCCACUUCUCUCCUGAUGGAGGAGAAACUGAAAGACUCUCCGUUCUCCAUCCAGAACCUGCUGAGCAGGCCGGAGCGCCCGCCGAUGCCCGUCUGCAGAGUGCCGGAGCUGGGCUUCCUGCGGCUGGGGCCCUGGUGCUGCGCUGGAGCCCCGGAGACGCCCGCCGGCAUGCGCAGGGCCCCCGCAGACACACUGCAGCCGGACUGUGCGGCCCCGGGGCCCAGCGCUGAGGAUGAUGAUGAUGAUGAAGAAGCUCCGCUGGAGGACAGUGACUGUGAGGAGGCUCGAGCGCAGGUGAAGAAGCUCUGCCGGAAGAAGAAGACUCGCACCGUGUUCUCGCGCGCGCAGGUGUUCCAGCUGGAGUCCACCUUCGACCUGAAGCGGUACCUGAGCAGCUCGGAGCGCGCCGGCCUCGCCGCAUCACUGCACCUCACCGAGACGCAGGUCAAGAUCUGGUUCCAGAACCGCAGGAACAAGUGGAAACGGCAGAUCGCAGCCGAGCUCGAGUCCGCCAGCCUCAGCCAUGCGCACAGGGUGGUGCGUGUGCCCGUCAUCUACCACGAGCACGCGCUCUACUACCCGCACCCGCUCAUCAGACCCGUGUGAGGACCGACAGACCCGCUGUAGAACUCGGGCACCUGUCGGAGGAGCACACCUGAGCUGGACACACGGCUUCAGUGCGGUCUUUCAUUUCUGGAGUUGCGCAUCUUCAUCAUCUUCAUCAUCAUCAGUAUCGGCUCUGCAAUGUUAACCGGAUCUCCAGAUGUUUGUGUUGUGAUUGUCAGAGAUGGAGGUGUACAUGUGUGUGUUCAGUGUCCGCUGGAGCUCUGCUGUGUGUCGUUCAGUAAACCCAUCAGUGGACCCGUCCCGCGCUCACCUGUCAGGACUCCCGCUCUCAGACCUGCUCUCUCCGCUUAAACAUGCUGGGCUGUUUUAACCCACCGCUGAGUCAAACGUAGACAAAUGCUGGAUUAUUAUGGACAAGGCUGCAUUAUUUUAUUAUGAAAUUGAAUGAUAUUUUAAGCCCAACUACUGCGAUUAUUUACUAUUGUGUUCAUGUUUGACCCAUUAGAAGUUAAAAUAACCCAGCAGAUGUACCGUGACUGUCUUCUGUAAAUACUGAAUUGUUUUGCAGCUGGCGUGUGUGUGUGUGUGUGUGUGUGUGUGUGUGUGUGUGUGUGUGUGUGUGUGUGUGUGUGUGCUGUAAUAAAGCGCGUGUGUUCAGCAGUGUCGUCUCUCUGUGUAUUCUCCUGUACCGGGUGAAAUGGUCACGGCGCGGGGUUAUUUAUUGUAUUUAUAAUAUUAUUGUCGGAGGAAGAUCACUCAGACUGAGUUAUAAAUGUUGAACUUGUUCAAUCUCCUCAUUAUAAUCACUGAGGUGUUCUGCGUCAUAUAAGACUGUUUAACAUAUCAUCAUGUGUUGAUCAGGAGAGGAUCUGUCAGUGCGGGUUUGAGUCUUAUAAAAUCUGCCGGUUAUUACUGAUAUUUCUAUAAUUAUCUUUAAUGUAAUGUUUAGCUGCGCGCUCGCGUUGCCCGAUUAAUCCCGCAGUUCACGGCAUCGCGACGCGUUUAUUAAACACUCUAAACACGCUAAAAUAUUAAAACAUAAUCAACCGAAUAACAGCCGACACAUGAGAAUAAUUCUCCACCUGUAUGAUGAAAUCUCUCCAUCUAUCGGCUCUUUCUUCAGCUAAAGCAUAUUGGAGAGCAGACGGACUGAGUUUAUACUUUAUUAUUAUUAAUUUUGA